AUCUACAGCAAUCCCACAACUGUUAUAGUGCAACCAAACGUUCUCCGGUUUGGAAAUAGUUUUGACUAUGACCCAUGAGAUAGUUCUGCGUACCUUUGACUUCUAAUUCCAGCAACGUUCGAUCGAAAUUUAUGGAUUUGGCUGGUCGAGAUAUGCAUCCAAAAAUGAUGGACAACCUCUACACCGCUUUGAGCUCUAUCAAAGUUUUAAGAUGCACAGUUGGUCAGAUAUUCAGUGCUUUGGCGAAUGGAGUGAGGGCUGAUCAUUUUUCAGGGGAGGAAAACAAAGAGGCCAAAUUUGUAGCAGAGAUUGAUGAUUUGCUCAACGCCAUCAGCCAGCAAUUAAGGGAAGUAGAUCAAGCCGUGGCAAAUCUCCAGCAGCCGACAGGUCCGUUCACCUUAGGAAACACUUCUUUUCUGAGUCAAGAAUGCACUUUAGAAAGGCAAGGGUUGUAUGGGCGGCUCGUACUUAGCUAUAAGUGGACCGAUAAGAUUCACGAAUACAGUGCUCAAGCAGCGACGCUUCUGAGUCAAAACUCGCUGAAAAGGACCUAUUAUUCUGGAAGCACGAAGCGAAGAAGGCCUCUGAGCUCGCACAAUGUACCACCACAAAAUGUUGACUCUUUGCUUUCGGCAAUCGACAGGCAAUAUUCAGACAUGAAUUUUUCAAUUUCAAGGCCUUUUGCUUCUAACGCUGUCGUCCAGAUUCAAUUGGGAAGAGUUCUGCAGGCAGCGGUUGCUUUCAAAGGGCUUAUGAUAGAGUGGGUCGUCGUAAAAGCAACUGGCGAAACGAUCGACUUGUGGACCGAAUCGAGGCAUAAAGUGUUCAGAAAGAUAACGGAAAACUGUCACGCUGCCAUGUUACAUUUCUCGUCACCCACCCUACCCGAAAUUGCCGUUAGAUCUUUUAUGACUUGGUUCCACAGCCACAUAACUCUUUUUAGCGAUACUUGCAAAAGAUGUGGAAAUCAUUUACACUGCGCAUUACCGCCGACUUGGAGGGAUUUCAGAUCUCUGGAGCCAUUCCAUGAAGAGUGUAAAUCAUAAGUAAGAAACGUAACACAAAACCGUUUGUAAAUAUUAACUUUUUUAAUAUUUGCUACAUAAUAUUUGUAUUUUUGUACAUAAUAUAAAA